AUGGCGAACAUGCGAGUGAUGAAGCGCAAGAGGGAGGCUUCAAUACAGUUGAACAAGGAACGUUCUGUGCGCUUUGCGCUCGCGGCGAGCUCGUUCUCACCCGAUCAAGUCACGAGACUGAACCAGCAGAUUCACCAACACACGCAAUUGUUAUUUCAAACGUUGGCUCUGAGCGUCGGUCGUCCGGAUCAGGUGGAGACGGCGACGGCGGUUAACAUUCUCAUCAUCAGGCUACAGCAAGCUGCGUCGAUGCAGUAUCAACGCCUGAGGAACGACAAGCACAGAGCUCACGAUGCGUCACUUUUUGCCGUAGCAUCAGCGGACGAUGAAAAUGCGGUUUGGUACGGACACCAACCCAGAAAAGGGGUGUACACAGUUUUCGACUGCCAGCCACUGCGAUGCGCUCGUGAUUUCAUCACGGCGAUUGGCGCCGCCGCGUCCACGUCCGACUCACCCAUCUUAUGGAGAAAUCCGAGACAGAUGCUCGAUCUCGUGUCGAACAAAUACACAGCACAGCAGUUGGCGGAGAUGGUGCCUUCGAAUUCUCCCGAAUUCGUACGUGCAGACGAUUUGUUCCGGAACGCGCCCAAGACAUGGGAGGAAACCGUGGCUUUCUACAAGAACAUCUCACGACCAAAGAAAGCGGCAAAGUCGAAUCCGCUAUUUUCCAAUCGCUUCAAGACGUGGACGCCGAUUUCUCGAGCCGUGUACGAGGUGACGAAGGCGUUCAUCCCUCGAAUUUCACCCGACCCCAAGCUCCUCGUUGGCGGAGCGCCGCUCGCGGAACACUCGUCGGCCGAGUUCACAAACGCAGAGGACUGGUUGAUCGUCGUGGGCGUCCAACACUACGGCAACGAUUACUCCAGCAUAGUGAAUCAACUCUUGGUGAACAGCGAACGAAUCGACGUUCGCCGCCGCUUGAAAUCUUUGCGAACGCAGAGGUUUCACGACAACACACAAGUCGGCGGAGCGCUUCGACGAGCUUACGAUCACGCGUUCCGUCCUCUCGAUGAAAACGAGAUCGACAUCAUUCAGCGCACUCUACACGAAUUUGCGGCGCCAAAAAAGCCCAACCUGCAGUGUUCGGUGUACUACAGAUCGCUGUGGUCGGCCGUGUGCGCGCGUCUGAAAGAGCGCCCACCGAAGUGCGCGUUCACACUCUGGCGAAGCCAGUUUCGCGGUGGAGACGUGCCCGGAACCGCGCUCGCGGGUAGCCGACGUGGCAACUGGCCAUCUUCGAAAUCAGAUAUCGCUCGUCUCCAAGCGCGUCUAGGAGCGCAGUCGCAGAACGAUCACGUCGAUCGUGAAGAGGUUGCCGACUCUGACUCUGAGGACGCCGCCGGCGCCGCCGGCGCGUACGAGCGCGACAAACUCUCCGACUCCGACUCCGACUCCGACGCGCAGGAAAACCCGAGGUCGACGGUAAAUGAUCGUACGAACGCCAACGCGUCGUCUUUUACCGAGGCCCAAGACGCCGCCAUCGUAAGCGCGGCCGCUUUCGGCGUCCCGCUUCACGAGCUCACCGAGCCCGGCGCCGCGUGCGCCGGGCGCUCCCAUGACGCCCUCAUCAUCCGUUUCAACAUCCUCAAAGCGAGGCACCGCGCGCGCGCGCGGUCGUGA